AUGACUGUGUUAACGAAACCGAGCGCUAUUAUACGAAAACCAGACGUAAAUAGUGCUCCACUGGUAGAGAAAGGUGUUUGCGAUGAGCUCCAGAACUCUCAGAUGAUAGAGCCCAACUUCCGCGUGCUGCCUCUGAGCUGGUCCGCCGAGGACCUGCAGGUGGUCAGCACCUCGGACGACGACCAGCUCGUGAACGCGCUGCGCGAGGAGCUCGAUAUAGGGGACAACGUGGAGAAGAUCUCCGUCCUCAACAACGGGCACCGGGUCAGCUUCAUACACGACUUCAACGACAACACCACCGGUAUCAUCGACUCGGACCGCUGCUUCAUCAUGGACCUGGAGCCGGAGCUGGUGCUGUCUCCGUCGUUGUUCGUGGCGGGUCUCCAGCGAGGCUCUCAGUUCGACGUGUCCCGCGUGCGCUCCUCGCUGCGGGCCGCCCUCCCCGCCAUCACCUUCACCAGGCUCGCUGACGACUGCGCCCCGCGACCCACCUACAGGCUCACCGCCGAACAGAACGGAGCCAUCCGCAAGCGCUCCGCCGAGGACCCGCCUCACGACUACAUGCAGUUCUCCGGCAAGCACGUGCAGGAGAUCAAGAUAGACAACCUGCAGGAGGUGCUGCAGUACGAGAACAAGGACAACAAGACGGCUUAG